GGCGGCACCCAGUAAAUUCAUGCUUUUGCCUGCAAUGUUGUCGUAACCUUGCGUUUGAGAAAAAGCCAACUAGGUUUUGAAUGAACCGCGUUGAAAAACUCUCGAUGGAGACCUAGUGUUAUCGUAUGUAAAGUUGUAGUUUGCUGCCGCUAGCCGUACAAUGUCGGGCGGAGUCAUACUGUUGCCCGCAGUGAAACCAGUGUUCGCUCGCGCUUGUUUUUCGUCGAGAAUCAAGAGAUCUUUGACUACCUGGUCACGUCUGGCGUCACGUUUCAAUAGCAUCGGUAAAAGGAGACCCAACUUUCAAUUCGGAUUCGGUGAACGUUCGGGUCUGUUUGGUCAUUCGGUGCUGCAAGAGCCAUCGGGUUUUUACCUUUUGAAAGAUCAGGCUGUCAGCGAUGCUGAGAAGUAUGUCAAAGAGGCCACCGACCCCUACCGGAAACGCAAAAUGGUUCAAGUUUUCGAUGACCUGUCGGAUGCUCUUUGCCGUGUAGCAGACAUGGCCGAAUUUGUCCGGAUCGGUCAUCCUGAGACACGGUUUUCCUCAGCUGCAAUGGACGCAUCUGUUUCCAUCAACAAUCUAGUUGAGAAACUAAAUACAGACAGGAGGCUGUACAAUGCGCUGAAGCAGGUAGUGCUAAAUGGGGACAUUGUGCCGACAACCGAAGAGGACGACCAUGUGUCCAAGCUUUUUCUGUUUGACUUUGAACAGAGUGGCAUUCACCUGGACGAGGCCACACGCAGGGAAGUUGUUUCUCUCAACGACUACGCCCUUCACGUGGGGAGCAACUUUGCCAACAACGCAUUGCAGCCCCGUUCCGUAAGGAAGACGGAUCUUCCAGAAAGCGUUCGUGGCUGCUUUGCCAGUGAUGGAGAGCAUGUUAUUGUUCCUGGCCUCUACACAGAUGCUGACAAUGAGCUGGUCCGAGAGGCUGCGUACCGUGCCUACCUGUAUCCUGACGAACACCAGAGCCAACUGUUGGACGAGCUCCUGGGAGCACGGCACCGUCUGGCACAGUUGUGCGGUUUUCCCAGCUUCGCGCAUCGUGUUCUGCGUGGCAGCAUUGCAGGCAGCCCCGAUGUUGUCGAACAGUUCUUGGACAUCCUCUCAUCCGAAUUGAAGCCCAGGGCUGACAACGAUUAUAAGGAGAUGCUGGACAUGAAGACAUCUGGUAGUGGCAAUAAAUGUGUGCUUCAAGCUUGGGACGUCCCUUAUUACACGUUCUGUGCCCGACAAGCGAAGUUCCAGUUGAAGGCUUCUGACUAUGCCCCGUACUUCUCCCUCGGCUGUUGCAUGGAUGGCUUGAAUGAGAUCUUCCGUGCUCUUUAUGGUGUCUACCUCGAGACUGAGGACGUCAAGGCUGGGGAGGUGUGGCACGCAGACGUCGUCAAGCUGGCCGUGAAAGAGCAAGAGGGCGGCAACCUGCUGGGCCACAUCUAUUGCGACUUCUUUGAGCGCCAAGAGAAGCCCAACCAGGACUGCCACUUCACCAUUCAAGGUGGACGCGUGCAGCCAGAUGGAUCCUAUCAGCUUCCAGUGGUGGUACUGAUGCUCAACCUGGCCAGUGCACCGUGGGGUUCUCCACCUCUGCUGAGUCCAUCAUCCCUGGACAACCUCUUUCACGAGAUGGGCCAUGCCAUGCACUCGAUGCUGGCUCGCACCCGCUACCAGCAUGUCACGGGCACGCGCUGCGCCACUGACCUGGCCGAAGUGCCUUCCAUUCUCAUGGAGUACUUCUCCUCCGACCCAAGGGUGGUGUCGACAUUUGCCCGCCACUACCAGACGGGUGAGCCCAUGCCGUACGCCAUGGCGCUGUCCCUGCGCCAGAUGCGUUACCACUUUGCGGCCAGCGAGACGCAGCUGCAGGUGUUCUACGCCUUGCUCGAUCAGCGGUACCACGCGCAUCACCCUCUGGGCAAGAGCACCACAGAGGUGCUGGCUGAUCUGCAGGGCCAACACUAUGGCGUCCCUUAUGUGCCCAACACGGCGUGGCAACUGCGAUUUGGCCACCUGGUGGGAUACGGGGCCAAGUACUACGCUUACCUCAUGUCUCGUGCUGUUGCUGCAUGGACGUGGCACGAACUGUUUCGUGAGGACCCCUUUUGUCGUACGGCAGGCGAGCAAUACCGUCGCGAGCUGCUCUCACACGGAGGCGCUAAGCCUGCGCACCAGCUAGUCAGCGAUUUUCUCUCGAAAGAGGUAACACCAGAAAGUCUAGCAUCUGUGCUCAUUGCGGACAUCGAUGCAGGCCUCACCUGAAGCCAUCUCGUGUCUUCCCAGCCUUGCAGCAAACCUCUAGAGUGCAUGAGCUUAAGAGUGCAGCAACUCUCUUAUUCUUUUGAAGCUAGGAGUCAUCCACAAUUCACCAUUUUCAUCUGUGAUUUCAGUCUAUAAUCUGUACAGUGAAACAUAAAUGAAAACAAUCAUACUGAAUUCAUA